CCUUGCACUUAUUUCCAAAUCCACCAUUCACUCUGUUUGUGUCCUAACGCAUCCAAACAUAAAAAUGUGCAUUCUUCUAGCUUAGUUGAUAUUCCCUUUUGAGUACAAUGAGGAUGGGAUCCGCGUGAGAUCUCUUUCUUCACCAUGAAUUCUUCCACGCCAAGCAAGCAUGGCCGCUGGAUUCUAACGCCUCCGACUAAAGAAUCGUUGUCCCUGGUUCAAAUGGACGAUCCUCACACGCCCUAUUCGCCCCUGGAAGUGCAACCACCCUCCUUGGACUUGAACUCUCAGUCACCUCCAUCACCUGUCAAAACGGAUUCGCCUCUCGUGUCCCACGCCCCCCAGAAAGAAGACCCCCCUCCAUGUGGGUCGGAUGUCCUGGAUGGAUCCAGAAGAUUGUCCUCCAGGAUAAGAACCAAGGUCCGUCAGAUUCACAUGAUUUAUCCUGAAGAACAAGAUGACAUCCAGGACAUCCAAGACUUUCUGGAUGGGGACGAAUACCGUCCGUCAGACACGGAUUCGGAGGCCAGCUUUGAAUCCGAGCAGCUUGGGUGUGUCUGCCAGCGGCCUUGGAACAAACGGCACAUGAUCUUGUGCAACCGUUGCCAAAGAUGGUUCCACAGCUAUUGCAUGGGAACCACGAAGGCCGAAUUGAAGAAGGCCCCCGAAUGGAACUGUCCCAAGUGUUCGGCGAAGACUGUUCAAAAGCAUUCAGCGCCGGCAGCGAAGGGAAAGAAGGCCCAGAGGAAGAAGAAGGCUCCGAAACCUGCUAAGACCACCUCCAAGGCUGCGGCGAGUGAAGUCAAGUUGUGUAUGGUGUGUGGCAAACAGCCUUGUCGAGCCUCCAGUGUGUUUUGUUCCGACGAUUGCAUUGCCAUGUCGGUGGAGCGAGUGGCGGCCGAAGAAGUGCUCCCCAUUGGAUCUGUGAUCCGGAAAGAGGCUAUCAAGCCCAAAACACCGCUCAAGAUCAAUGAAUCGUCCGUAAAGAAGUUGCCCAUGACGGCGGGGAUCGAAUCAACAUCCAUCGUGGACCAAGUGAGCCCGCCGGAGGAGUACAAUAUUCUAGAAAUGGUCAAGAGAGUGUCGGCUCCCAUUCCUGCGAGUGUUACUCGGCAGGGCAAGCUCUUCACAACUUCAGAGCGAUUCUUUGACGCUCCCUUGGAUGUCCUUCUCACGUUUCUUUAUGAGGCCCAAACGGGUCAAACCCCAGUGCACCAUCAAGCAAUUCCUUUGUGUGACGUCCGAGGUGGGUUGAUUUAUGUCCACAAAGGACCGGACACGAGAUCGGUCGAUUCCAAACAAGUCCCUUGGUCUGGAGAUGGCGGCGCGUUCACCAAUGUGUCGAUCACGCGAUACCCUCUCCUUCCUACCUCAGAAAGUAUCUUCGAGCAGAUCUGUGUUAUGAAUCCAUCCGUGAGAAAUCGAAAGCUCUUCAAGAGGAAGGUGAUUUGGUUGUCAUUUUGUCCGGAUUACGUGGUGGUCCAGUACAUUGGUGAUGAAUUGGCCUGUAAGGAAUCCACUUCACACGAUCUACCUCAAGUUCAAGCGCUUUUAAAACUGCCAAAAUCGACGACCAUCAUUCCCAAGACACAAACCGACUCACAACCUACAGCCGUCAUUGACCUCCUGGACGAUGACGAUGUGGUGGAGGAAAUCUCCGUUAUCAACCAAGGGACAACAUUGCAAAAGCUUCCCGAAAAUUCAAGAUUGGUUGGACCAAGCCGUAAUGUGCCAAAGAUCAGUCCCAAAAAGGUCGAUCAAGGAUCUCAAGUUGUCAAAAGUGUCCCAAGAAUGCCCCAAGCCCAGAUACAUGUCGAGGAUCGUUUGUCUCGAUUGAAAGGAAUCUCAUUGACCCCGUCAAAAGGGAAUGUGGAACAGUCCGUAAGGUCAAAAGUGGAAUUACUCGAUUUGGAGGAAGAAGACAGCUCCAUGGAGGUCGGGUUUAAUCCAAAGAUCUUAUCCGUGAAAUCCUUGCGAAUGACCAAUGAAAACACCCCAACCAAGAAGGAAAUCAACCGCAAUUCUAUGGGGCAAGAUGAGGCUGUGAUAAUUGAUAUCAUCGAAGAUGAAGGUCCAAGCGGCCAUUCGGUUUCAGUCAAGCCGGAUGCCGGAUCCGGGAGCAAACGUCGAAGAUGCCUGAAACCUCGUCGCAAUCUUCCACGCACGCUCAAGCAAUCGCUUUACAAAGAACUUCGGAAAAAUAGUCCGGACAAAGUCGAACCUUCGCCGCAAGAAAGCGCUGUUCCCAAACAUGAGAACGGUGACAUCGAAAUCUUGUCCACGGUAUUACCUCCGGAACAAGAACAGAAGACAAUGGUGCAGGUCAUCGUGAAGCCGAGGGAAUUAAAGGCCUUGAAAAACCUGGGCUUCACCGUAGUCAAGUCGGAAAGCUGAGCCCUUUGCUAACCGAAUGCUAACGGCCCGUCUCGUCGACUUCGUGCUGAUUGACCUUUUAGGCAUUAUACUAAUAUCUUUGAGUGCCUAAGUGAGCGUCUCGUAAAUUGUCCGAAUGUUAAUGUCAGAAGUCACUCUAUGCUGAAGUCUUGCAACAACUCUAUCCUUAUUUUUCCAUUUUAAUCGUGUUUGUAUAAACGCAAUUUUUUCCCAAACAGUUUUAAACAGUCUCCCACCCGAAAAAAGUCAAAGUACAACUGGA